AUGGGAGCACCAGCCCUGCUCACGGUGGAAAGGGGGGGUCUCUCUCGCGCCUCCCCUGCAGCCGAGCGGUCGUCGGGGGUCCGCUUUCGCAGGGGAUGGCCGGCCGGCGAGGGACCGCCUGCUCGGUCCGUCGGCGUGGGGACCGGUGAGCCUCGGGGCGGACCCUCUCUAGGCGCCGCCGAGGGACGGAGCGCGCGGAUCGGGGCCCAGGAGCGACGCAGCGCCAGAAGAGAAAAACGUGUGGGGCCCCAUAAUUCAGAGGAGCUGGGCGUAAUUUCUGAGCAUUUUGGGGAACCCCAAGGAGAGAGCGGGAACAAACACUUAUCUUUUACAGGGAUGGUGCCAUCAUUUCGGAUGGCCAGGGUUGGCCUUCCCUCAAGAAACAUCUUAGGCUUCACUGUACCUGCUGCAAAUCACACUUCAAAAGGUCCCGUCCCCCUCAUCAUUGAGACCUGGGAACAUGUGUACGAAUACACGCCUGCAGCUUUAGACUGGUGGCACGCAGACAGGUACUGCCAACAGCGUUUUGCUCAGUUGGUCUCAGAGAUCUGGGAUGGUGAGCUGACGUCUCUCAGCAAAAAGCUGCAAUCCCACCAAAUCCGAAACACUAUCUGGUUAAAUGACGAGGAGGCGUUCCUGCAGAGGCCCAAGCAGAGGCGAACCCACUCCACGCCAAUCCUGGUGUUCAGAAACAAAACAGACACAAAGUUUGUGAAGGUCCUGGCGGAUUUCCCAGUGAUGCCAGCUGUGAGCGCCUGUGCCCACAUCCAGUGGGAUCCUGGGGCUGUGGAGAUCUCCACCAUCUUCUCGUAUGCAGUCCCGGCCUUCAUCAAUGAAUUCCAGUUGCGUGGCUUUGUGGACGAAGACGGUUUCGUCCGGUUUGCCAUCAUCCUCCAUGGGCAUCACUCGCCAUACCUGCCCAUGUUUCGCAGUGACAGGCAAUGGCACCACUUCUGUGUCACGUGGCAGCUUCACAAUGGCACAUGGGCCAUCUAUGCUGAUGGGAAGAAGAAGGCCUCUGCCGUGGGGCUCUCUGCUUCACAGGCCAUUUAUGGCCAGGGGACUUUUAUUAUCGGGCAAGAUCAAGAUUCCCUGGGUGGUGCCUUCAAGGAGAAAGAGUCAUUCAGUGGGAACCUCACAGACCUGCAUGUCUGGCAGAGAGUCCUCAGCAGGGAGCAGAUGGAGAAAGUGCGUUCCUGCAUCUCCAUUGAGGAAGGGCUGGUGUUUGGCUGGAACGCUGAUAUCCUGGAUGUUGAAGUCAGCGUCCAGCAGGUCAUGCUUCAGCUCACCUGUCCAGGGCCUGUGGAGGAGUGCCAUGUCUUCAGAGUUGCCCCUGGAGUCCUCACUUAUGCCUCUUGCCUGCAGCCGUUGCCCUUUGUCUGCCGCUACAGAAAAGAUCUUUAUUACCAGCUGAAGGAAAUGCAGUCAAACUCCAACCCGUUGUUCAUAGCCCAAGUUAACAGGCGGGCAAAUGCCACAGUGAUUCCUGAAAGCAUCUUCCAGGCAGAGGCUGAAGGCCUGAAUCUCUCAGCAGCCACUGAAUUCCUGGAGGUCGUGGAGACCGUCCUGAUGGAGGCCGAGCAGCCCACUCUGGACACAGCUGCCCUCCUGGGUGUCAUCCAAUUGCUGCGAAAGGUCUCUGACUUUGAAGCUGUCGAGGAGCCAGAGCAGCUACCAAUGCUGGAACAGCUGGGCCAGCACUACGUGGAAAUUGCUGGGAUAAUUCUGGAGGAGCAAAACGCCAAGGAGUGGUCUGAGAUCCAGCCGAUCAUUGGUGGACCUAUGACGCUUGUGGACAACAUGGACAAGAUGGCGUCCAGCCUUCAGCAGCUUCUGAGUACGGAGAGGCCCCAACUGACCAUCAAGAGUAAGAACAUUGGAGUUGAAGUUCGACGUAUCGAACUUGGCGCAGCUGUGGCUGACCGUGCUGCAUACAUCAUGCCAAGCCAACAGGGAGACAAGCCUGACCAAAUCGAGGUUCCUGCAGAAGAAAUGGAGAGGCUGAGUAUGACAGGCCUGCACCGAAUCACGGUAACUAACACCUGGUACAGCUAUGGCUCCCUCCAGCACCUUCUAGGCAGUAGCAGUGCUGUGUUCAAAGAUGCAGCCGUGUCGGAUGGAGGCAGAAGGUAUCUGAGUACUCAGGUGGGCUCCUCCAUCAUCUCCUCCACUGUGGUCAGUGACUACGAAGAGAUCAGCACCUCCGUGCGUUACCGCCUCCGGCACCAAGCACAAGUCCAGGGUCUGCCUGAGCAGCUGCUGGAGCCAGUGUGUGCCUUCUGGAACUUCAGCAGAAGUCCUGAGGCUGGUGGAGGCUGGUCCUCCGCAGGCUGCUCGGUCAUCACCUCCCACAUGGAAUUUACCACCUGCUCCUGCAACCACACCACCAACUUUGCAGUGCUGCUGCAGGUCUACGAGGUGCAGAGGAGUGCAGAAGAGGAAUCAACCUUGAAGACCCUGACGUUCGUUGGCUGCGGUGUUUCAUUCUGUGCCCUGAUUGUCACCUUCAUUCUCUUCCUGGCUGUCGGCGUUCCCAAGAGCGAGCGGACCACUGUGCACAAAAACCUGAUCUUUGCUUUGGCAGCUGCAGAAGCCUUGCUGAUGUUCAGUGAACUGGCCAAAACCAACCAGGGAGUGUGCUUUGCUGUCACGGCCUUCCUCCAUCUCUUCUUCAUGGCUGCCUUUGCCUGGAUGCUGGUGGAAGGGCUUCUCCUCUGGAGCAAAGUGGUUGCCGUAAACAUGAGCGAGGAUCGGCGGAUGCGGUUCUAUUACGUGACUGGUUGGGGGCUUCCUGUUGUUAUUGUUGGGGUGACUUUGGCAACAUCAUUCAACAAGUAUGUGGCAGACAACCACUGUUGGCUGAAUGUGCAAACAGACAUCAUCUGGGCCUUUGUUGGGCCGGUCCUCUUUGUUCUGACGGUGAACACCUUUGUGCUUUUCCGUGUGGUGAUGGUGACAGUCUCCAGUGCACGGCGGCGCUCAAGAAUGCUGACACCCAACAGCAGCCUGGAGAAGCAGAUCGGCAUCCAGAUCUGGGCAACCGCCAAGCCUGUCCUGGUGCUGCUGCCUGUCCUUGGUCUCACCUGGGUGUGCGGUGUCCUGGUACACCUCAGCAUCACCUGGGCCUACAUCUUCAUUGUGCUGAAUUCCCUCCAGGGUCUCUACAUAUUCCUGGUCUAUGCAAUCUACAACAGUGAGGUGCGAAAUGCCAUCCAGCGGAUGAAGGAGAAGAAGAAAGCUCUCUCAUUCACGAACUGCUCCCACCCCAUCAAUUAUCUGUCAAGUCCAAGAAACACAUCCUGGGAGAUGGGCAAGUUCCGCCCUUCCACACCAGAGAGUACCACCGUUCCCACUGUAGAGAAAGCCCCGUCAGUGGACAUCAGCCACAAGAACAUCGGCAACAAAGGGAACUUGAGUGCCAAACUCCCAAUGGGGAUUUCCUCAGUUAUGUCAGCAGAGAGACCGGCUGUGCAACUGACUGCAUUCAAAUCGUCAGGUUUCUGAGAAGAGGUGUUCCAAUUAUCCCUUCCACCCACCCCAAGGUAGCACAACUUCAGAAGAAUUUCUUCAGGCAGAAGACAGGAUCAAGGAAGCCGCCAGUGACUAGGUUCAGUUUCUUCCAGAUCUGGCAGCAAACGAGCGAAACUGUUUUGCUUACAGCUAACCAGGCAGAUGGUCUUCACUACAC